AUGGAGAACUAUGUUUCUGCUCUGUCUCAGGUGGAGGAAGAGAGAUGUGAAUGUCUGCCACAUCCUACUACACAAGAUGAGCCUGGGGCUGAACGUCAAAUCAUUUUUAAAACAUUCUUGGCAGAAGCACAAAUUCACCAAAAAGCAAGGAGGCUGGGUAAUGAAAAUAAAGUGGGUGUCAGCCGGUGGCAGGGAAUCAGCUGGUCCCUCAGACGCAGCAGGAGCCGAGAGGGUGAAGCGCCAGCAUCUCUUACCCACUUAUCCAGCGGGACCUGCGUCAAGGAGCCGGUGCCCUGGUACAGAUCCAGGCUGAGCUGCUCCAGGCUGAGCUUCUCCUGCAAGAAGUGGCCCAGAUUGGAGACUGAUUGCAAUGCUAUGGAGAUGGCCAAUAAUAUGGGCUUUGAAGAGGAUUCUGAUUAUAGAGACUUCGAAGGAACGGAUGUGAAAGAUAUGAGACUAGAAGCAGAAGCUGUUGUGAAUGAUGUUCUGUUUGCUGUCAGCAACAUGUUUGUCUCAAAAACCCUUCCAUGUGCAGAGGAUGUGGCGUAUAUCAAUGUGGAGACGAGGGAAAGGAACAGAUACUGCCUGGAGCUCACAGAAGCAGGACUUAGGGUAGUAGCUUAUGCUUUUGAUCAGACCGAUGACAGUUUGCAGACUCCAUACCAUGAAACUGUCUAUUCCUUAUUGGACUCUCUCAGCCCUGCAUAUCGAGAGCUUUUUGGAAAUGCAUUACUACAAAGACUAGAAGCUUUGAAGAAGGAUAGUUAGUCAUGAUUCAUCCUGCAGUGAGGAAGGCUUAAUGCUAAAAGGAAUCUUUAGUAUAAGAUACCGAAAUCUUUCUUACAAGCAUAGUUGCAAACGUAUUUUAAGCUUUGUUUCUUGCAUUACUACCUAAUCCAUUGUAGUACUGAUAAGUAACAUUUUGAACGUUUCCUUCAUUAGGUUUGUGUAGCUCAAAAGGCUGUAAAAGUAGCUCAAAUUGUAAAACUAAAACUUUCUUGUUUUCUUUUUUGUGUAAGUAAACAAAUAACUUACUUCCUACAACAUUCAAAAAACGUGGUCUCUUCAAAGUGUUGUUAUCAGCAAUACUAGAAAAUGUCUUAGUGAAAACUGUUUAGGGACUGAAUGUUAUGUAUGCAAGCAGUCACCUUUCUUCUUGUGCUUGCUGAUUAUUUUCAAAUCUGCUUUUUAGAAUAAAAGUUAACUACUUGCUUUACCUGAUUAAUGGGAACUGUUUUGCACAGAAUAGAAUUUCAGCUUGUUUUGCUGUGCAUUAAUCUGAAAAUUGUUUGCUUCAGUAACAAGAAAGAUGGGUCUUGAAUGCCCAAGUAUUGCUUAUAUAGUGACAGUGAGUUAAAAGCAAGUCUCAGCAUUACUUGAUCUGUCCUUCUCUGUGACAACCAGCAAACUCCAAAUAAUAAACGAGAUGUACUGUUAAUUUAUGAAUGUAUUGUCUGAAUUGCAAAUGAGCUAAGCACAGAAGUAAGUUAGGGUGUAAGGGUCUACAUUUUCUUAAAGAUUAUGAUAUAUAUGCUAUGUGUAUGUAUAUAUGCUAUAUUGUAACUGUUGGGAGGCCUGGAAGACACUUUAGCUUGUUCACUGUUCUGAAUGUGUGUUUACAUGAUGUACAGGAUAUACCCAAGAGUAUUUUUGCUUCAGCCUUUACUUUCUAUAAUACAGUACUUCAGUACUCCUAUGCUUUCCCCUUUUCUCCCUCAAAUGUACAGCAUUCUCUCCUAAGUAAACACUGUAAUGUUAUUGCAUUGUAUUGGUUUGCAACCAAAGGCUGUAUGAAGUUUACUAUGACUAAUACCAAACUGGAAGAUGUAACUUGUAUUUUCUACUUAAAAAUUGUUACAAAGCUCUUUAUAAAUCUGUUGUCCUGCUUUAACUUUUCAGGUGUGUAUUGAACGGUAGGCGUUUUAAAAAUUACAGUUGGCUAGAAAUACCAGUACUAUUGAACUAACGUUCUGUGAUGAUCAUACUUUUUGUAUUCUUGUGCUAUUCAGUAUUUGUGCAUCUUUAUUUAAAUAAUCCUGCCUUUAUUUUGUGCUCUUAGCUCUUGUGCUAAGUACUUGCAGUCGCUGCCAGGAUUUAUGCUUAGGGAUAGAUCAUCAGCUCUUGUAAACUCACGAGUGCCACUGACUUCAGUGGAGCUAUGUUGAUUUAUACAGCCUGAGGAUUAGUCAUAUUCAUUGGAGAAGCCUGGUAGAGCAUUUAUGAUAGCUUUGGGAGAGUGAUGCUAUAACUAUGCCUGACAAGACAGCUUGUAGUAGGAGCUUCUGUUUUCUACAGCUUAAUUUAAUGGUUAUUUCAUUAUCUUUUUAGGUUGAAAUUCCUGAUGUUAAUCCUCUGCCCUACAGUAUGCUUUUAUUCUCUAAAAAUUGUUCAUAGGCUCUCUUUUGCACACAGGUCUGUGGCACGUGGUUAGUCCUCUGUGAGGAGAAUGUACUUUAAUGAAUUUGUAUUUGAAUAUUUUCCCUUGCAACUAACUUACUUGUUCAAUUUCAAUUAUUAAAGCAUUAAAUAAAUG